AUGCUCUCACGUGUUGCUGCAGUGGAGGCACCCCGCACACACAACCGUCGCGGCGUGACCGGAUCCAGCGGGAGGAGGAAGGAAGGAGGAGAGAGUGAGCCGCAGGGGCCCAACAUUUCCCGGCAUCUCUUCCAUUUUGUUCUCCUCGUUGUCAUUGCUUUCGGCGGCAGUGUUGGGGCUGUGACUGCGGAUGAGGUGCAGGAGUCGGACCUGGGCUCUUCAUCGGGGAAACAUUUUGUUUGGAGAGAUGUGAAAGAUGGAGAGAAAGUGAGUUUGCUCCGUGUUCCCAGUCUUGUUGAGAUGAAUGGUGAGGUGUUUGCCGUUGCCGAGGCGCAGUGCGGAAAGGAUGGCGCCACUCUUCCUUGCAUUGCUUCACAAUUCAUGAAGUUCGACGAUAGAAACCCAAAAGCCCUUGAGACAACUCAAGUAAAGACACAGGUACUGGAGGAAUGUUCUUCCGAAGAAGGCAAAUGCCCCUCCCAAACAGUAGUCCUGGAAGGUUCCGGAAGCCAGACGAGAUUAUUUGUGGGCCGACCAACAACUGCUGUGAAGGGAAGUGAUAUUUACAUGCUUGCUGGAAAGUACGACAGUAAAGGUUGUCUGAGGAGUGUUGCGGCUCAAUUGGGACUUUUGCUGGUGAAAGGGAACGUCAGUGCUGGGGACAAUGAAAAAAGAAUUCUUUGGAAUGAUACUGUCAGUAUCCCGUGCAAUACUAUUGGCGAACAUGACGUCUCCUUGACGGGAUACAUUGGCGGCGGUGGAUCGGGUGUUAAGAUGAAUGACGGUACGCUUGUGUUCCCGUUGGAAGCCGUGAAGAAGAAGGACGUGGCAGAAAACGAUGCAAAGAAUAACAACGUUUCGCUGAUUAUAUACUCCUCGGACAGUGCGAAUUGGAAGCUGUCGAAGGGGAUGUCUGCCGAUGGCUGCAGUGAUCCCUCCGUCGUGGAGUGGAAGGACACAAAACUCAUGAUGAUGACUGCGUGUGCUGGUGGCCGCCGCAGGGUGUACGAGUCCGGUGACAAGGGGGAGUCGUGGACGGAGGCACUCGGGACACUCUCGCGCGUGUGGGGCAACAAACACGAGGGAAAAGCGAAGGCCGUUAGAAGCGGGUUCACCACAGCGGAGAUUGAUGAAAGGAAGGUGAUGCUCGUUACUCUGCCGGUGUAUUCUGAGAAGGACGGCAAUGAAAAGGGUGAACUUCAUCUUUGGCUGACGGACAACACGCACAUUGUUGAUAUUGGUUCGGUAUCCGAUGAUGGGGACGAGGAGGUUGCCGCCAGCUCUCUUUUGUACAAAAGUGGUACAGGUGAUAAUAAGAAGGAGGAGUUGAUUGCACUGUACGAGAAGAAGAAGGGCAGUGAGAAAACAUCACCCGGUAUGGUCUCCGUGCUUCUGACUGAGCAGCUGAAGCGUGUGAAGAAGGUGCUGGCGACCUGGAAGGAAGUGGACGGCCGUGUCUCCCUGCUGUGCACGUCAUUAAUUGCUCAGGAGGAUCGCUCAACUGACACUGCCUGCAGCGCUGUUGAGGUCACGGAUGGGCUGGUUGGCUUUUUGUCCGGUAAUUUUUCUGAUGGCACAUGGAUGGACGAGUAUCUCGGGGUGAACGCCACAGUAAAUAAUAAAGCUGGGGCAGCAGCGGCCACAGGGCCCUCCAAUGGCGUGACGUUCACGGGGCGUGGCGCAGGGGCGGAGUGGCCCGUUGGCAAGCAGGGGGAGAAUCAGCUGUACCACUUUGCGAACUACAACUUCACUCUUGUGGCGACGGUGUCCAUCGACGGUGAGCCGAUAAGUAAUAUUCCAGUGGUGGGUGUGCGUGCGGGCAGUAAAGGAGGAAGCAAACUUAUUGAGUUGUCGUACAACAGCGGAAAGAAGUGGCAGGUGCUGCGCGGUGAUGGAGACCCUACGGAGCUCGGCAGCAUUGGGAAGACAGAUACAACGCAACACGUGGUAAUUUUGCUACGGAACGUCACCCAGUGCACCGCGUACGUUGAUGGUCAGCGAGUGGGGAAUGCACAAUGUGAAUUGGGAAGUGGUGAGUCGAAUGAGAUCUCCCACUUCUACAUUGGAGGGGAUGGAGGCAGCGCAGACGACCAAGAAAGCCGAGGAGACGUGUCUGUGACUGUGAGGAACGUCCUGCUGUACAACCGCCCGUGGGAUGACACUGAGAUUGGCGCCUUCAACCCGAAUAAAGCCAAUAUUCCAGUUGAGGUGGAAAGGCCUGUUGAAGGAGAAGCGAUUCAGCCAUCUUCUGGUGGACGACCGGAGGAACAGGGACAGUUGUUGGGGAGCAGCGGUGCAGGUGGUGUAUCCGCACCAACAGUGUCCAGUGCCACGACUUCCUCAGCAGGAGAAGAGUCCGUAAUGCAGAUGGUUUCAGAAGAAUCUUCCGAUGGAAGUGAAAAUGUGGGUGGCGCUUCCUUGUCCGACGGUGACCCAACGGUGGAGACAAGAGAAGAAGGAACGGAUGAGCAGGAGAAGGAGAUCCAAGCACAGAACGCGGACGUAAAGGCUGCGGCCCUCAGCAGCAAUCUCGGGAAUGUGUCGCAGGGGAAUAACAGCGAUGCCUGCAGUGUGUGUGGGAGCGGACUGUUGCCAUCGUUGCUUCUCCUGUUGGGACUGUGGGGGUUCGCGGCUCUGUGA